AACUCUGAUUCCUGGAAUUGUUACCAGGUGACCACGACGUCAUCAAAUGGUCUGGCAAUUCCUUCUACUGAUGUCUCGAACAUGUUUCAGACUAAGCUACGAAAUGAAACUUGGGAAGACUUGCAGAAAAUGUCCUGCACAGCUGAGAUCCAAGUAGCAUUCAUUCUCUCCUCCUUUCUGACCUUCAUCAGUGGACUCAUCAUCCUGCUGAUCUUCAGGCUGAUCUGGAGAACUGUUAAAAAAUGGCAAAUCAUCAAGGGAACAGGAAUUAUCUUGGAACUGUUCACAUCAGGUAGCAUUGCUAGGAACCAUGUAAGAAGCCUCCACUUCCAGGGACAAUUUCGUGAUCGUAUAGAAAUGUUGCUUUCGGCCCAGACCUUUGUGGGGCAAGUGUUGGUGAUCCUUGUCUUUGUACUAAGCAUUGGGUCUCUUAUUAUCUAUUUCAUCAAUUCUGCUGACCCUGUUAGAAGCUGUUCAUCAUACGAAGACAAAACCAUUCCUAUUGAUUUGGUUUUCAAUGCUUUCUUCAGUUUCUAUUUUGGAUUGAGAUUUAUGGCAGCUGAUGACAAGAUCAAGUUCUGGCUGGAGAUGAAUUCUAUUGUAGACAUCUUUACCAUCCCACCAACCUUUAUUUCUUACUAUUUGAAGAGCAAUUGGCUAGGUUUAAGGUUCCUAAGAGCAUUGCGGCUGCUAGAACUCCCUCGAAUCUUGCAAAUUCUACAAGCCAUCAAGACCAGUAACUCAGUGAAGUUUUCCAAGCUAUUGUCAGUAGUUCUCAGCACCUGGUUCACAGCUGCGGGAUUCAUUCACCUGGUGGAAAAUUCUGGUGAUCCCUGGCUCAAAGGUAGAAAUUCACAGAAUAUAUCAUAUUUUGAGUCAGUUUACCUGGUCAUGGCAACAACGUCAACUGUUGGCUUUGGAGAUGUGGUAGCCAAGACAUCCUUAGGACGGACGUUCAUCAUAUUCUUCACACUGGGGAGUUUGAUAUUGUUUGCAAACUAUGUACCUGAAAUGGUGGAACUGUUUGCUAACAAGAGGAAAUACACCAGUUCCUAUGAAGCACUCAAAGGAAAGAAGUUCAUUGUGGUCUGUGGAAACAUCACUGUGGACAGUGUGACCGCUUUCCUGAGGAAUUUCCUCCGUCGCAAGUCAGGAGAGAUCAAUACCGAAAUUGUUUUCCUGGGAGAGACCCCUCCUUCUUUGGAACUUGAAACCAUAUUUAAAUGCUACUUGGCCUACACAACAUUCAUUUCUGGAUCUGCAAUGAAGUGGGAGGAUCUGAGGCGAGUUGCGGUGGAAUCUGCAGAGGCAUGCCUGAUUAUUGCCAACCCUUUGUGCAGUGAUUCCGAUGCUGAAGAUACUUCCAACAUUAUGAGGGUGCUCUCUAUCAAGAACUAUGACUCUACCACCAGAAUCAUCAUACAGAUACUGCAGUCCCGUAACAAGGUUUAUCUGCCAAAGAUUCCCAGCUGGGACUGGGACGCCGGAGACAACAUCAUUUGCUUUGCUGAAUUAAAGCUUGGAUUUAUCGCCCAAGGCUGUUUGGUGCCAGGCUUGUGUACCUUCCUAACAUCUCUAUUUGUGGAGCAAAACAAAAAGGUUACACCUAAACAGACCUGGCAGAAACACUUCUUGAAUAGCAUGAAAAACAAUAUUCUGACCCAACGUCUCUCUGAUGACUUUACUGGAAUGAGCUUUCCUGAAGUUGCCCAGCUCUGCUUUCUGAAGAUGCACCUCCUGUUGAUAGCCAUCAAAUACAAGUCCCUCUUUACAGAUGGUUUCUGUGGUCUGAUACUAAAUCCACCUGCACAAGUUAGGAUACAUAAGAACACACUAGGCUUCUUUAUUGCUGAAACUCCAAAGGAAGUCAAAAGAGCCUUGUUUUACUGUUCGGUCUGUCACGACGAUGUGUUUAUUCCUGAGCUAAUUACAAACUGUGGCUGUAAAAGCAGAAGCCGGCAGCACGUCACAGUGCCAUCGGUAAAGAUAGUGAAAAAAUGUAUGAAGGGAAUCUCCUCUCGUAUAGCAGGUCAGGAUUCUCCUCCAAGGGUACAUGCAAGCACGUCAAGAGUAUCAGACUUCACCACCAGGACUUUUCCACAUGAUGUAGAACAAGAUUCUGACCAGCUUGAUAGCAGUGGGAUGUUUCACUGGUGCAAACCAAUCUCUUUGGACAAGGUGACUCUGGAACGAACUCGCAAGUCAAAACAUAAGUUUCGAAACCACAUUGUAGCAUGUGUAUUUGGAGAUGCCCAUUCAGCCCUGAUAGGGCUUCGGAACUUUGUAAUGCCCUUGAGAGCCAGCAACUAUACCAGGAAUGAGCUGAAGGACAUAGUGUUCGUUGGGUCUCUGGACUAUCUACAGAGAGAAUGGCGAUUUCUCCAGAAUUUUCCCCAGAUAUACAUUCUACCUGGAUGUGCACUUUAUUCUGCAGACCUCCAUGCGGCCAACAUAGAGCAAUGCUCCAUGUGUGCUGUCUUGUCCCCCGCAUCCAAGCCAUCAAGCAGCCAGACUUUGGUAGACACAGAAGCCAUCCUGGCGACCCUCACCAUCAGAUCUUUGCAAAUUGACUCCUUCUCUGACUCGUCACCCUCAGUGUCAGAGGAGACUGCAAGUUACACAAAUGCACAUAAUGAGAAACCAAACUGCCGAAAAGUCCCUAUCCUUACAGAACUGAAAAAUCCUUCCAACAUUCACUUUAUUGAACAGCUUGGUGGACUGGAAGGGUCCCUCCAAGAAACAAAUCUGCAUCUCAGCACUGCCUUUUCUACAGGCACUGUUUUUUCUGGCAGCUUCUUGGAUUCUCUCCUGGCCACGGCCUUCUACAAUUAUCAUGUCCUAGAAUUGCUUCAGAUGCUGGUGACAGGAGGAGUAAGUUCUCAGCUGGAGCAACAUUUAGAUAAGGAUAAAGUCUAUGGUGUGGCAGAUAGCUGCACGACGCUCUUGUCUGGAAGAAACCGGUGUAAAUUGGGGCUUCUGUCCUUACACCAAACCAUUUUAUCAGACGUUAACCCAAGAAACACCUUUGGACAACUGUUCUGUGGCUCAUUAGAUCUGUUUGGAAUCCUGUGUGUUGGCUUAUACCGAAUAAUUGAUGAAGAGGAGCUCAACCCAGAAAACAAAAGGGAAGUGUUUGUGAUCACCCGGCCAGCUAAUGAGUUCAAGCUGCUGCCCUCAGAUCUUGUGUUCUGUGCCAUACCCUUCAGCACUGCUUGUUAUAAAAGGAAUGAAGAGUUCUCAUCGCAAAAGUCAUAUGAAAUUAUAAAUGAAGCAUCACGGACAACAGAGACACAUUCAGACACAAAUUUUCCUCCCACCAUUUAUUCAGUUGAUAAGACAUGGUAUUCACCAGUCUAUCCUUACCAGUCAAGAACUAACUCCCUCUCUUUUCCUAAGCAAACAGCAUGGAAUCAGAGUAGAACAAACAGUUCUAUAACAUCCCAGAAACCUUUAGGUGACGAUGCAAAAGAAAAUAGAAAGAAAACCUCAGACAAGAGUUCUGAUGAGGACCCCGUUGCAUAUUCAGAGCCACUAUAGACCUGCCCAUAUUCUUCACGUGCUCUUAACUUGCUGCUUACAAAUCAUCUCCCGAGAUGCUAACUUUGAACAAAGAAAAUAAAAAUGGAAGCAUGUCAUUUUUCUGCCCAUUGCUUAGUGGCUCAUGAAGGCCACACUGUUUUAGAUGAGACAAAAGUCUAAUCCCAUUGGAUCUUGUGUGAUAAAGAAAGAAAUAUAUGAUCAA